GGUCUGAGUGUGGCUCGGGGUCGUACGUGGGAAGCGAGACCCCGUGAAACGGUCCCACGCGCGGCACUCUGUAAGAUGUUGAGUAAAAUCUCCCUGAGGUUGAGGCGCGUGUGAGACGCGCGUGGAUUUCGCGCUCGGCUGUACCCCGAAGCUGCGUGGCCCAGGCUUUCGGACAGGGGAUGCCGGCGUCGGAGCCGCGGUCGGCUGGACCCGGUGACCUGCGCUCAGUCUGUGACUUUUGGUGGUGCCAUCAAGGAACAUUGCAUACUUGGUGAAGUGCACAGUGUCUGGAGUGGAACUGCUUGGCUUUGACUUUUGGCACCAUUCGUAAUUGGCUAACUAUAAAAUGCAGACCUCCAGCUCUAGGUCUGUACAUCUGAGUGAGUGGCAAAAGAAUUAUUUUGCAAUUACAUCUGGCACUUGUACAUCUGAACAGAAGGCUGAUGCCUACCGCGCACAGAUCUUACGCAUUCAGUAUGCCUGGGCAAACUCUGAGAUCUCCCAGGUCUGUGCCACCAGACUGUUCAAAAGGUAUGCAGAGAAAUAUUCUGCAAUUAUUGAUUCUGACAAUAUUAAAACUGGCUUGAAUAAUUAUGCAGCAAGCAUUUUAGCUUUGGCAAGAUCUCAACAAACUGACAGUGAUAAGUGGCAGUCUGGAUUGUCAAUAAAUAAUGUUUUCAAAAUGAGCAGUGUACAGAAGAUGAUGCAAGCUGGCAAAAAAUCCAAAGACUGUCUCUUAGAACCUGCAGAAGCCUCAGUAGUAAUCCACAAGGAGAACCCUGUCUUAGAUCUUCCCAAAUUCAGUGUUUCUGGAGGUUCUGGAGAGGGUGACCUGUUACCUAACUCAGUUCACGACAUAGACAGGGUACAGGACAGCCCAGAGAGCAGCCUCCUGAGGUGUCCUCCAAGUGGCCAGCCACCCGCCGUGACCAAUACCACUGAUACCUGUCCCACAUUCUCAGCACCAUCAGGUGAGUCAGCCACUGCAAAAUUCCAUACCACACCAUUAUUUGGAAAUGUCAAAAAGGAAAACCACAGCUCUCCGAGAGCCAGUGUAGGACUAGGUGUGUUCUCAUCCGAUCAGUCUUGUUUUCCCUCUGGCUGUGAGAACCCACGGAAAAGGAAGGCUUUUUAUGGUUCUGGCUUCAUUGAUGCACUUUCCAACCCAAUACCAAACAGGACUUUCAGUAGAAUGGAAGAAAAUGGCCAAAGGGAAGAGAGCAGCCUGCCCACCUUUAAAACUGCCAAAGAACAACUAUGGGUAGAUCAGCAAAAGAAGUGUCACCAGCCCCAGCGAGUGGCAGGGUCCUCAUAUGGUGGUGUUAAAAAGUCUCUAGGAGCUAGUCGAUCCCGAGGAAUAUUUGGGAAGUUUGUUCCUCCUGUACCUAAGCAAGAUGGGGGAGAACAGAGUGGAGGAAUGCAGUAUAAUAAGCCUUGCGGGGCAGGGCCCACAGAACCCGCACAGCCUGUUGAUGAGCGUCUGAAGAAUUUGGAGCCAAAGAUGAUUGAACUUAUUAUGAAUGAGAUUCUGGACCAUGGUCCUCCAGUGAGUUGGGAAGAUAUUGCAGGAGUAGAAUUUGCCAAGGCCACAAUCAAGGAAAUAGUUGUGUGGCCCAUGCUGAGGCCAGACAUCUUCACUGGGCUACGGGGACCCCCUAAAGGGAUUCUGCUCUUUGGGCCUCCUGGCACAGGCAAAACUCUGAUUGGCAAGUGCAUCGCUAGUCAGUCUGGAGCAACAUUCUUCAGCAUCUCUGCCUCGUCCUUGACUUCUAAAUGGGUGGGUGAGGGGGAGAAAAUGGUCCGCGCAUUGUUUGCUGUUGCAAGGUGUCAGCAGCCAGCUGUGAUAUUUAUUGAUGAAAUUGAUUCCCUGUUAUCUCAGCGGGGGGACGGAGAGCAUGAGUCUUCUAGAAGGAUAAAAACCGAAUUUUUGGUCCAGUUAGACGGAGCAACCACAUCUUCUGAAGACCGCAUUUUAGUGGUGGGAGCCACAAACCGGCCACAAGAGAUCGAUGAGGCUGCCCGCCGACGGUUAGUGAAGAGGCUCUACAUCCCCCUCCCAGAAGCCUCGGCCAGGAGACAGAUCAUCAUUAAUCUGAUGUCCAGGGAGCAGUGUUGCCUCAGUGAGGGAGAAACGGAGCGGAUUGUGCAGCAGUCUGAGGGGUUCUCCGGCGCGGACGUGACCCAGCUCUGCAGAGAAGCUUCCCUGGGCCCCAUCCGCAGCUUGCAGGCUGCCGACAUCACUACUAUCACACCAGACCAAGUUCGACGAAUAGCUUAUGUUGACUUUGAAAAUGCUUUUAAAACUGUGCGGCCUAGUGUGUCUGCGAAAGAUUUAGAGACUUACGAAAACUGGAACAGAACUUUUGGUUGUGGAAAGUAAAUGAGUCACUUGAAAUUAAAAGACAGCAUCAUUGUAUUACAUUCAUCUUCAGUUUUUAGCACAGGAAAUGGAAUGUGUUCAUUGUAUUUUUUAGGAUAUGUUCUGAAUUCUGUACCUCAAACAGGAAUAGUGAAACAGCAUUGUGUAUUGGUAAAUAAGUAGAUUUAAGAUCUCACCGGCUGCUAGAGUGGAUAUGUCAGUUUUUACCUUGUUCUGCUGAUUUGUAACGUUUAUGCUUUUCUUCCCUUAUCAGGGCUAACGAUGAAAACAUGUUUCAGAAAUAGCCAAGUACAAUCUAGAGUCAGAGACAUAUCUACACAAUGAGAGGGGAGUGUUGUAGUUUUUGGGGGGGAAUAGUGUUUAACAAUAUUGCUACUUCACAGCCUAUAAAAUUGUACUCAUUCAAAAGAGUGUUUUCAGAUUUUUAUAAUGGAUCAUUUUGUUUUAUAAAGAAUAUACGUUCCUUGUAGAAAUAUUAGAAAAUAGAAAUAAGCAAUAAAAAUCACUGCUUUCCUGCUACUUUGGGGGAUGUCUGGUUACUGUUUUAGCACAGGUUCUUCCGGAUACAGGAGUGGGCCUGUCAUGCACUCACUUUUGGAGCCUACACUUUAAAGUGCAUUGUUGUUUUCCAUGUUUGCAUAAAUAUCUGUGACAUCUUCUUACACAUUGCCCAAGGUUCCAUUGUGUAGAUGGGUUUUAAUUUAUUUACUCUUCUGUUAGAGGACAAGGCAUUAGGUCAUCUUAUUGUAAACAAAGAUAUGUUAAAUACCAUUAGUACUAGGCACAUUUUUGCAACUUUUGUCCUCUAGAAAAGUAGUACCCGUGUAGACUUUCCAUCUGCCCUGAACGAAAGGGAUCACAUAACUGUUCCAUGACAGCACUGAGUACUGGAUGGUUCUGGGUCUUGUUGGCAUUCUUUUUGAGCUGAUUCAUUCACAAAACUGAGUCACAGUGUUCUGGUUGCUAACGUAGAGCAGCAGCCAACAGACAGACCCUUGGUCUCAUGGAGUCUGCAUUCAAGCUCUAACAUUUUCUCUGAACAGUGCAAGCUGAUGUGGACUUUGAAACGUUUAAUGGGUAAAUUUUUUUUUUUUGACAUGCAGAGUGGACAGUGAGAGAGAAAGAGACAGAGAGAAAGGUCUUCCUUUGCCAUUGGUUCACCCUCCAAUGGCCACCGCGGCCACGCAUCACGCUGGUCCAAAGCCAGGAGCCAGGUGCUUCUCCUGGUCUCCCAUGCGGGUGUGGGGCCCAAGGACUUGGGCCAUCCUCCACUGCACUCCCGUGCCACAGCAGAGAGCUGGCCUGGAAGAGGGGCAACCGGGGCAGAAUCCGGUGCCCCGACCAGGACUAGAACCUGGGGUGCCGGUGCCGCAGGCGGAGGAUUAGCCUAUUGAGCCGCGGUGCUGGCCUUAAUG